AUGCUACACAGAAACGAUGUUUCUUUUAGAGGAGCCGAAGCGCCUAGAGAGGCUAUUCAUGGUUCGCUGAGGCGGCGCGAGGGGCGGGCGACGCGGGGAGCAAGGAGGGCGCGGAGCCUUCCGCCGAACUGCAGCGGCCUGCUUGCGGAGGAGGAAGGGGACUCCGCGGAGUCCGCGCGGGCGGCGGAAAUCGUCGCCGCAGGGGGAUUGGCGCGAAGGGGGGAAGGCGGAGGAGCAGCCAGCGGGAUCAGUCCGCGCACUUGCCGGUCGCAGAGUCCGCGUGGGAGGCGGAAAGGUGGAAGGUCUGGCGGCGGCUAUGCGACGAAUUUCGGCGACGAAAACGACUCCUCUGCGACUGUGGGACGAAGCUGGUGGACGACCGAUGGCGCCCCCGCGGCGGAUGCGGCGUCAAUCACGGCGAGCGACGCGGACAGCGGCGUGUCUUCCGUGCGUCUUCGCAAUCAACACGACGGCGCGAGAUCGCCGUGGGAAGGCGGCGCGGGGCGUGCGCUAGUGGACGUGGAACGUCGGCAAUCGCGGAGUUUGGACGGCAGCGGACGGCUGCGCGAUGCGGCGGCCGGCAGGACGGCAGGCGGAGACGGCAACUCCGGUCGGUCGGCAGCAUUUGCGAGACGGCCGCCGGCGGCUGUAGCUACUGUAGAAUCGGAAGCGGCGCUUCAGGAGAGAGCGGCGGCGACGAGAGCGGAGAAGGGCGCAACUGGCGGGGCCGGCGCAAUUGCGCGGGAGGGCGCAAGCGCGGGGAACGUCGCAAGUGCGGGGAACGGCGCAAGUGCGAUAACAAGAGAUGCGGGCGCGGACGUGUCGGGUGACGUGGCAGCAAGUGUGCAAGCGGAGCGAGCUGAAGAGGAAGGGCGGACAGAGCAGGCGGGCAACGCGGAAUGCGGCGAGGGAGGGGAAGGCGGUGGCGGAGAGCGCGCAGCGGAGCCCCGCUGGAGAGAUGUCAGACAGGGAAUAGGGGGGUGCGGAAAGGUGUUAGGCGCAAGGGGGCUUGAGGGGAACACUUUGUGUGGCGGAGAAUCGAGGGCGCCGAGAGAUUGGGAGGCGAGCGAGACAUGCAGUAUGGUGGAACUUUGGAACCCGUUUUAUAACGACGAUGUUAUUAGCAUCAAAUGCAGCAGCAGCAGCAGCAGUGGCAGUGAUUCGGGUGCGGGUAGUGGUGACGAUAAUGAGAGGAAGGGGAGGGGCAAGAGGGAGAAGAGGGGUAAGAGAGGGAAGAGGGGAAGGAAGGCACGCAGUGGUAAUGCUGCUGCUGCUACUGGUGAUGGUGGUGCUGUUGCUGCAGCAGCUGCUGAGCAGCCUGAAGCCCAACCGCAUGCGGCAUCACAGGACUACUUCCCAUUCGACGGGUUCUUCCAACCCCGAUUCGACCAGCUCUCCUCCACCGACUCGUCCUGCUCCCCUGACCUCGUGUUCUCCUUCCAUCCCCCCCACCCCACCGCACACUCCCUCCCCUGCUCCCCCCUCGAUCCCUCCUCUCUCCUGGACUGCACGCCGUCCCUCUGUGCUCCUCCGCCCUUCCUCACUCUCUCGUCGGAGAAAAGAGGGAGUGGUGGUGAGGGUGAGGGGAUAACAGGGGGUCUGUCCGCUAUAGAGGAGGGUAAGGAGGGCACUGAGGCGGGUGCAGCUGCAUCUGGUGCUACAGUUGCUGCGGAUACUGGUAACUCUGCUGUAACUCGCAGCACCCUUGCUGCUACUGCUGCUGCACGGGAAGAUGAAGGCGCUGCUGCUGCUGCCGGAAGCGGCAGCGACAGUGACUCGUUUUUGAGCGACCCGUUUCACCGAGGAGUGAGGCUGGACGAUGUGCUCCGGCAAUGGGACCUGAGCGCGGCUAUUCAUGACGACGCGCAGAGUAAUGAAAAUGAACCAAGUAAGGUUGCAGCCAUGUGCACAGGCACAGCUACUGGAACCAAUCAAGACGAGCCCGUUGGGUCCGGUAUGACUGUUGCCAAGAGCGGCCCUUCCACUGACUCUCCUGCUCGCCUCCCCAAGCCCUCCCCUUCGCCGGCUAUCAAUACCAAGACAAACAACCCCAGCAACAUGCCGCCUGCUGCCACGAUCGCUACCACCAGCACCGGCACUACCACUGCCACCACCACUGCCGCCACCACCACCACCACUAGCAUCAACCCGCGCCGUCGCCUCACCUCAACUGUGAUCCGGGGAGCCAAUCAUAAGCACUCCCACUCCCAACCGCCUUACUCCUCCUCUCCCUCCUCCACUGCUAUCGACUCCUCCCUGUCACCCGCUGCCACCCCUCCCCGGACCAUCCUCGGCCGAUCCGCAUCGCUGGGCUCGGCCGGAGGUUCGGCGCGGCUGGGAGUAAGAGGAGGGGUGAGCACAGCUGAUGCUGUUGCUGCGGCUGCUGCUGCUGCAGUUGCUGCUGCUUCUGCUGCGGCUGCGGUUUUGGGUGGUGGGGGCAGUAUGACGAAUAACCUUGGGACCUCUGCUGCUGCUAUUGGGAUGGCUGCUGUUGAUUCUGCAGGCCAUUUGAGCACCAGUUGUAACGCAAUCAGUGGUGGUCGAAGUGCUAUUGAAAGUGCGACCAGGAAAGGUGGGGAAGGCAUGCGUCAGAUUGAAAAUAGAGGCAGCGUGCUACAAGAUGUGCAGGAGCAGCAGCAACUGCAGCCGCAGCAGGAGAAGCAGCAGAUCCAGAAGGAGCAGAAGGACGGACGGCAGGAAAGGCUAGCGGACGUGGAGAUAGUCAAGCCUGCUGCCAAGAACAUGCAGAAGAAGACAGAAAAGGAGCUGCCUAGGAAACGCCGCCGGAAUGGGGAGCGAGAAGAAGAGGAAAAGGUGAAGGGCGCGAGGAGGCGCAGGAAGGAGUUUAUGCGCCCCCUGGGAGUGAAGAGGAAGGGUGUGAGGGUGGUGGUAGGGCCCCGACGGCUGGAGCUGCUCAAGAAAUGGCUAUUGGAUGUUAUUGCAGAUGCACAGGGGAAAACUGCAGUGGUGCUGGGAGGAGCUAUGGGUCAAGGCCUGCUGGUGCUGGCGGCGCCAAAGCCCCUCCUGCCUGCCGUGCUGCGCUGGCUGCAGCAACAGGGGUGGGUGCAGUGGGUCGCCCCUCGGCCCCGCUCUCGCCUGCACAACCGGUGGGCCUCUGCUGUCACUCAAAGCGGCUCUUCUGUUAGCCUAGACGAUGACCCAGGGUUUAGAUCCCCAGGGUCAGGCAGCGGAGGAGAUGGUAGUGAGCAGCAGAGGAGUGAGUUUGGGGUGGCACGGCCCCUUUGGAGUGCUGGAAUCACGGGGGUCGGGCAGAUCGUGGGAAUUGGUGACAGCGGCAUUGACAUGCAGAGCUGCUUCUUCCGGGACGAUGCCGUCCCUCUGCCAGGCCCGAAUCACCGCAAGGUGGUGCAGUACCGGGUGGUGAACGGCGACACAGUGGACGAGCUGGGGCACGGCACCCACGUGGCCGGCUCCGUGGCAGGGGUCUGCUCGCAGCAACAGCAAGCACAGCAACCGCAGCAGGGGCAGCAGGGGGCGAAGGGGCCAGAGAACGUGGAUCUGUACCCUGGCAUGGCGCCUGAUGCACGCAUUGCCUUCACUGACAUGGGCGAGGGCGAUGUGGGUUACAUCAUGCCGCCUGGUGACCUGGGCGGUGGGUACUAUGGGCAGGCAAUGAAGGCGGGGGCGUUGAUCCUCUCGGACUCGUGGGCGUCAGGAGUGUUUGCAUAUGACUACAUGGCGCAGUCAGUCGACCGCUUCACCUUCAACAACCCUAACUUCCUCCCAGUAGUCGCGGCAGGCAACAUGGGCGCUGUGCACCGAGACGCAGAACUGCCUCACAGUGGGGGCGACCCUCUCCGUCUCACCCUUCCGAUUAUGAAUAUCUCCUUCGUAAACCAAGCCACCUACACUCCCAACCCCUACCUUUCCCCCUCUCCCCCAGUCUCCAUCUCAUCGCCUGCUCUCGCCAAGAACUGUCUCACAGUAGGCGCAACCCUCGGCAGUGUCGGCUCCGCCCCGCCCCUCCUCGCCACGCCCUUCAACCUCUCCCUCCUCGCGCCCUCCCCCUCCCUCCUCCCCUCCGACCGCGCCUGGUACCCUCUCCUCUCACACGCCUUUGGCGCCACCUUCCAGUCGGGCCUAUGGGAGUUCAGGAACGCGCAGGCAGCAGGUGCAGCAGCAGCAGUGAUUGUGGCUAAUGACACACUCGGCUACUUCCCCAUGGCUGCUCCCUUUGGCGCUGACCCCAGCAUCACCAUCCCAGGUGGUUCUGUGCCACAAGCUGUGGGCGCCAUUAUAGAUGCGGCUCUCAGGAGGGGCCAGCCCGUGCAGGUGUCCAUCUCGCCCCUGGCAGUGUCUCUCGCCUUCCGCCCCGAUAGCAUGGCGCGCUUCUCCUCAUGGGGUCCCACGCCUGAUGGCCGCAUUAAGCCUGACAUCUCUGCUCCAGGUAAUGAGGCUGGUACUGCUUAUGCUCGGGGAGGGCAUAUGGUCAGCAAAGAGCAACCGCAACCUUCGCCAGCCAUCGUGCUCUGUUACACGUGA